UGGGUGACGAUUCUCCUCCUCUGCGCGAAAAUUAAUGGAGCCGUUUGAUCUUCUCCCAAAACGGUCUCCUUUCGCUCAGGCCCUUUUUAAUCUCCGUCACGAACCACGUCGUCUUGCUGAUUGCUUCAUCGUUUCUGAAGCAAGCAAGUGGAGGACUAGGGUCGCAGCAACGUUCAACGUUCAUCGUCCAUGGCGAAAGCAUUGGUCUCUGUUUAUCUCCUCGUUUUCCUUUGCUUCAGAUCAGGGGAACUUGUCGAGAUGGUAAAUGCCCAGAAAACGUGGUGCGUAGCCAAGCCUUCGUCAGAGCAGGCGGCCCUGAUGGCGAACGUCGACUACGCAUGCUCUCAGGUGGAUUGCCAGAUUCUUCAAAAGGGUUGCCCUUGCUCCUAUCCAGAUAAUCUGAUCAACCACGCCUCCGUAGCCAUGAAUCUCUACUAUUCCGCCAAUGGGCGGAAUUGGUGGAACUGCGAUUUCAGGAAGUCGGGCCUCGUCGUCAUGACCGAUCCAAGCUAUGGCGACUGCAAGUAUGAAUAGCAGCCGGUACUGAAGGAGAAGCUGCAGUAGCUCGUCGUCAUAAUAAGCUGCAAUCCUCUCGUGUGUCGGAGGACAAAUCUAUCUAGUCUUCUUCGCAUCUUACGUUAGUUUUGCCCAAGUUUUAGUUGCUGCAAGAAUGUGGAGGAAAAAGAAAAAAGGUUUUCGGUUUUGGUUAUCUCUGUUCAGCCAGUUCAAUGAUCAUAUCAGCUCCUAAUCCUGAUUGUUCUUCUCUCGUGCGUGCCAUACCUAUGUGUCAAACUAAACCAAGCGAAUCGCAUUUUAAUUAACAGCACAGCUUAAAUUUGAUCGGUAGAUUUACUUUCAUGGAACAUUAAUCACAAGACUUGUCAGAGGUUUGUGCAGAAAAAUAGAAAAGGGUCACCCUCUUCUAAAUUUCGGACAUCAGAAAGUCAUUUAUCGUGACAACUGAUAGCCCUCCAAACUAAAAUCAAUGACCCUUUAUUUUUGCCCCUUUGGGUGCUUUUGUAUGGUUGGGCCUAACCUUCUUCCUGUGAGGUCUUCGUAGAUGAAUGUCGCAAACGACGUUUGGCAGGUCUGUCAUUUUAUGACAGAUUGGGAGGAGACUAAUCUAGUAAUCUGUCUUAAUGAAUCAAAACCUGACAUUUACUUCC